CUCAGUUUGUUUUUGUGUAAAUAUAGUGAAUGCGGAGAAGAGCCUUAAUUUUAUUGUUACAAGUCCAUUAAUCACCAUACUUCCCGCAUUUUCCAUGUCGGACGACAUCAAGAAGUAUUUCAAUGGCCUGCUGCAGAAGGUCAGCGGCCUGUACGUGAUUCAGAUAACGGAUCGCGACGGAGUGCCACUCCUACGGGUCAGUCAGGAGAAAAACAUUGACUUUGCACUGAUGCCCUCCUUUAUACCCACAUUCACCACAGCCUGCGAUCAGGCGAGCAAGCUGGGACUGGGCAGAAACAAGACUAUCAUCUCCAUGUACUCCAACUACCAGGUGGUGCAGAUGAACAAGCUGCCGCUGAUUCUCACCUUUGUGGGGGCGGAGAACUGCAAUACCGGUCACAUUCUCGCCCUGGAGCAUCAAGUGGAUGGGUAUCUGGAGGACAUUAAGUUGGCAGUCACCGAAGCAUAGAGUUAACCUAUUAUAUAUAUAUACUUAUUUUUAAAACGUACUAAAUGUUUACACUUUAUUGAACACGAAAA